AUGAAGAUCGCUGCGACGCUGGCCGUAUUGGCAAUUGGCCCUGUUGCCCUCGCCGAUGAUGUUCUUUACAGCAGUCGCUUCUCGAAGCGUGGCUUGCUCCCGAACGGCAAUUACAAUCUCUCAUUCUUUCACGUCAACGACGUCCAUGCCCAUCUGGACCAGUACACCAAAGCCGGCGCAGACUGCACAGAUGCCACAAAAGGCUGCUUCGGAGGCUACGCCCGCAUCAAGACCAAGGUCCAUGAGCUGCAGAAACAGAACCCUGACCACCUGUGGCUGAACGCAGGCGAUGAAUUCCAAGGCACCCUGUUCUAUACGUUCUAUGGUGGGGAAAAGAUUGCCGAGACUAUCAACGACCUGAAAUUCGAUGCCAUGACCCUGGGCAAUCACGAAUGGGACGGAGGCGACGAGAAUCUUGGCAAGUUCUUGAAGAACUUGACUUUCCCCAUCGUCUCCUGCAACGUCAAGAGCACCGUCAAGGACUUGAACGAGACCAUCAAGAACUACCACAUCUUCGAAAAGCAUGAUCUCGCCGUUAUUGGUGCCACGACCGAGACCACGCCCAACAUUGCCAAUGUUGGCAAGGGAACCACCUUUCUUGACCCGAUUCCAGAGAUCCAAAAGGCCAUUUAUGAGAUCCGUAACACAACCAAGGUCAAGCGCAUAGUCGCACUCACCCACCUCGGCUACGAGGUAGACCAGAAGCUUGCCCAGCAAACGGAGGGCCUCUCACUCAUCAUUGGCGGCCACAGCCACACAUUGCUGGGCAACAUGGACAAGGCCGAGGGAAAAUACCCUACCAUUGUCAAGGACAAGGGCGGCAAUGAAGUCUUUGUCGUCACCUCCUACCGAUGGGGCGAGUACCUGGGCUCAAUCGAGAUGACCUUUGAUGACAACGGCAGGGCCUUGUCCUACCACGGAGCACCCAUCCACAUGGACAACACCACCUCCCUAGAAAAGAACCUCCAAAAAAACAUCACCGCCUGGAGAGGCCCCUUUGAGAAGUACGCCGCCGAGGUCAUCGGGAGCACAAAGAACGUCCUGGACCAGACGGCGUGCCAAAAGGGCGACUGUCUGCUGGGCCAAGUCAUGGCCGACGCAAUGCUCGAGUACCGCCAGAACCAGACCAACGGCACCGCCGACAAGCCCGACUUCGCCAUCAUCAACGCCGGCGGCAUCCGGGCCACCAUUGACGAGGGAAACAUUACCCGCGGGCAAGUCAUCACCUCGUUCCCGUUCGGCAACGCCGUCACCCAACUCAAGUACUCUGGCGCCGAUCUGCGCAAGAUCCUCGAAGGCUGCGUCUCCCGCGUCAGCCAGUUCAAUCAGAAAAAGACAUCCUCCUGGUUCCAGGUCUCUGGCAACAUUGUCGUCGAGUACAACGAGAGCAGAGACGCCGGGUCCAGGCUGGUCAGGGCUACCGUCGGCGGCAAGGCGCUGGACGACAAGACCGACUACAAUGUCGUCACGGUCGAUUUUGUCGCCGGCGGCGGCGAUAACCUCCUGAAGCCUGCUACCGAGUUUGUCACCCUCGAGUCGCUGGACCAGGUUCUCGUCGCGUACAUCGGGGCGCACACGCCGCUUCAGAACGCUCUGCAGAAGCGUGUUGUUUCUUCAAACGGCACGGCGGGAGGGGGUGCUGGAGACGGGGGCAAGGCUUCAAAUGGAGAGUCUAAGGGUGCGAGCUUGCGGGCGCCUCGGCUUUUGGUUGGCCUGUCUUUUCUGGAAGCGCUUGUUUUGUGA